AUGCCCAAGGUAUCAGUUCGAGUCAGGAAGGGUGAUAAAGGAGUGAAUGAUGCAGCCGCGGAAAGGGCGUGGUCUACUCGACCAGAGAAUGAGUGGCCUAUCGCCCGUACAGAUUAUCAGCGCUGGUAUCUCACUCCCAAAUACACGUUAGGAACUGACCCACCUUCAACUUCCGCAGUACUAAACUACAAGGCACUUGGAAGCCUCAAGGAUCCCCAGCUCUUCCAAUUUCGCAGUGCACCUUCCAAGCAGGAAACAGAGAUUACCGGUCAUAUCACGGCACAUUUGAACUUGUCCUUGACUCGGCAGCUUAAUGAUUUGGACGCAUGGGAGCGUCCAGAACUCGAUAUUUUCGUGACUCUACGUCACAUUGGUGUGGAUAGGCAAGAGAUAACUUAUACAGGAGCGGCUGGAGAUCCGGUUGCACUGGCCAAUGGCUGGCUACGACUGAGUCUACGCAAGGUAGAUGAAGAUCACCCAAAGCACCGUCCAUGUCUACCCAGGCGAAACUAUUUGUCAACAGAUGUACUCUCGGUCGAACCGGGCGAGGUAUAUGAAGUGGAUGUAGAAGUUUGGCCAACGAACGUGGUGGUGGAAGAAGGCUGCUCGUUAUUGUUCGAAAUAUCCUCAGGCGAUACUAGAAAUUCGGGUCUCUUCACACACGACAAUCCGGUUGACAGACCCGCAUCUCGGCUAGCUGGACUCAACUACGUCCAUUUUGGUGAUGGGAUCCUUAAUUAUGUUGUUUUGCCAAUCAUGCCACCUGCCAAUGAAUCUAAUCAGGUUGUAGAGCCAUACUAG